AUGACGAUAAAAACAACCACUUUUCCUAAAACUGCUGAUGCGAAAAACAGCUCAUCUGUAACUGACUCCGGAACAGAGCGAAGAGAGCCAAAAAGUCAACCGUCUUGGGCAGCUACUACAAAAAUUCCAGUAACGUCCAGCGGUACCUCAGAUGCAUUUGUAACGGUCUAUAACAAGUCAGUAGAAGUUCGUAUCGCAAAGCCGAGAGCGCCUGCAGUGACUCCGAAAGGAAGUAAAUUUGACUUUGUUGGUGGAAAUGGUAGCAUCGAAAAUAGAAGUGUUAUCGAGAAUACGGAAGUACCUGCUCGAGUUGACUCAAGAGAAUUAUCAACGGUACGAUUUAGUUCAGCAGACAGCGUGAACCUGGCCAGAGAAGGCGCAGCAGAAAUGAUUCUUACGAUGGCUGGGAGCGAAGUGAUGACAGAUCCGAAUAUGACGACUGGUUCGGCUACUGCUAGUACAAUUCAAAGUAAAGAAAAUGCGGCUGCAUCUGAAGAAGCUGCGGUUGACAACAAGAUAGCAAAUGCAGAAUGGAAUUUGGGUGAUUUGACUGAUAGAUUCGUAGUGAAGCCCGGCGCCACCAGAGCAUCGCAACCAACCGUUGUAAUUCCGCCUCUCGAGGUACACUGUUCCUCCAGAAUUAAAGUAGGAACGUUUGUCACAAUGCUAGCAGUAUCGAACUGA